CUUGUCACCGAGACAAGCACAAAUGCGUCACAGCGGAAAACUGAGCGCGUCUUCUACACACACGCACACACACGGGUGCGUUUGCACACUCAACUCCAGAACGGAGGGGAGGAGAGACUGCUAAACACACACGCGCGUCCCAGCACACAUUCAUUCAGCAUUUAAGAAACAAAUACACACGGACGCUCCACUUUCCGAGAGGUCCCGGUGAUUCUCCAUCUCUAGCGGCGGAUCCUAACGGAAGAAAGACACUUGUGGCACAGUGUGAUGAAGAGCAAUACGCACAGGAUGCUGUUUGUGUUUAUCAGAUGUUCGUGAAAACAUUUAAAUAUCCUCUUCUAAACUGCGUUUGGAUCUCCAAACUUCGGUAAGACCCGACAGAUGUGCUGGGUUUGAUUUGAACUGAACCUAGAGCUUGUAAGAACACGACUGACCAUCAUCAAGUGGCAUGCGGUGCACACACCGGGUAUCCCUUCAAUCCUUCACAACAGAGCUCUGAAGGUGCAGAUUGCUGACGGCCAACGCCCAAGAAGAAUGCAAAGUGUUCUGCAAAAGUCAUACACAUCUGGGAUGGCAUGAGGCAACAAUCAGGCCUGACACACACAUAGAGGAAGACCGGAGGCAGGAGGGGCAGUGUAGAAAGUAAAGUUAGAGGAAAAGAAAAGAGAGAAUGGAUUCAUUACCGAUGGAUUCUGCAACUGUGGAUGAGUUGGUGGUUGUCUGCAUACAAUCUUUCGACAACAAAGGCACAAUAAAAGGCUCCUCAUUUGUGAGAAUGUUUCUGAUGAUGCAUCCUUGGUACAUAUCUUCCACCCAGCUGGCCAAGAAACUGCUGCUAAUGUCACAAGAGGAGGGCAGCACUGAUGAGAUCAGAGUCAAAAUAUGCCACCUCGUAAAAUACUGGAUUUCUGAAUUUCCGGUAGAGUUUGAUUUGAAUCCUGCUUUGGCUAACCAGAUUAAAGACCUGAGAGAGAACCUGAAUGCUGGUGGCAAUGAAACCCAGGGUCAACUUAUAGAUGUAGAGAGUGUGCCAUCGUAUAAAUGGAAACGGCAAGUGACACGGAGAGUUCCAUCACUGUCCAAAAAGAGAAAAAUGUCCCUUUUGUUUGAUCACCUGGACCCCUGUGAGCUUGCUGAACACCUGACCUAUCUGGAGUACAAAUCCUUCUGCAAGAUCCUGUUUCAGGAUUACCACAGCUUUGUGAUGCAUGGCUGUACAGUGGAUAACCCCAUUCUGGAGAGGUUUAUUACACUCUUUAACAGCGUCUCGCAAUGGAUUCAACUGAUGGUACUGAGUAAACCCACCGCCCCACAGAGAGCCGCUGUGAUUUCACACUUCAUACAUGUCGCACAGAAACUACUGCAGUUGCAGAAUUUUAACACGUUGAUGGCAGUGGUUGGCGGUCUUAGUAACAGCUCCAUCUCUAGGCUGAAGGAGACUGAGGCACACAUUAGCAAUGAGACCAGUAAGAUCUUUAACAGUUUGGUGGACCUGGUGACCUCUUGCAGUAACUACAGUCAGUACCGGCGCAGAUUUGCUGAGUGCACUGGAUUUCGCUUCCCCAUUCUGGCUGUUAACCUCAAGGACCUGAUAGCUGUUCAUGUCGCUCUGCCGGACUGGACGGACUCAGAGAAGACUCGCGUCAACUUGGUUAAAACACAGCAACUCUAUUCAAUCCUCCAGGAACUUGCCCUCGUGCAGACCACGCCCCCUAACAUAGAGGCCAACACAGACUUGCUCAAUCUGCUUACAGUGUCACUGGAUCAGUACCACACAGAAGAGGAGAUUUAUCAGCUCUCAUUACAGAGAGAACCCAGAGCUGCAAAACCAGCGAACUCUAGUCCCUCCCCCAGCCAAGCUCCUAAGCAACCUUCGAUGAUUGAUGAGUGGACAGCGUCAGUGAAGCCUAAAGCUGAUCCUGCCAUUAUCAGCAAACAUAUCAAGAAGAUGGUGGAUUCAGUGUUUAAGAAUUUCGACACGGAUGGUGAUGGGUACAUCUCACGUGAAGAGUUUGAGUGCAUCCGGAAUAACUUCCCUUAUCUCAGCAAGUUUGCAGAGCUUGAUAAAAACCAGGAUGGAAAGAUCAGCAUGGAAGAGAUGAUAGAGUAUUUUAUGAAGGCAAGUUCUCUGCUAAACUGUCAGAUGGGCUUCGUGCACACCUUUACAGAGACCACAUAUUUGAAACCCACCUUCUGUGAACACUGCACCGGCUUUAUAUGGGGCUUGUAUAAACAAGGAUACAAGUGCAAAGUUUGUGGAGUGAACUGUCAUAAAGCAUGUCGUGCUCGUCUGGUGGUCGAAUGCCGUAAAAGAACGAAGAGCAUCAGUCACGAGAAGCCGCCAUUAUUACAGUCCAGAUCCCACAGCUUUCCUCAGGCCAGCAGCGCUCAGUCAAACAUGCAGAACACAGUGAUCACAGAGGAGGACAUUGAGGCAGUUGAACAGGGAGUGUUUGACUCUCACCUUUAAACAGAUUUUUAUCUGCAUUCACAAACUGUCAGUAUGUCAGCAAAGAGUAACUUGAUUUAAGGGCAAAUUCUUCCAAAUGGCAAAUUCUUCCAAACACACCUUCACGUCAACAAUACUGAAGAGAAAAUCGAAGCUAAUCAGAGUCAAGUGCCAGAUUGUGGGACAGGCUGUUCAAUGACCGUUACAGCCCGACACAUGAUUAUCAUGAGAUGCUGCCAUCAGCUGGAUUAAACCUGCAACUUCUGAUCACCUCUUCACUUCUGCAUCUGAAUAUAAUCACAGACAUAAUUCUAUGAUGUAUCAUUACAUGCAUAUUUCUCCAGGCUCCUUGAAUUGCUUUUUUAAAUAAAAAAAAAAUAAUAAAAAAGCAUAGAAAAGAAAAAUAGUCAAAAAAGUUAAAGAAGGUGGCUGUGUUCUGAGAUGUCCUGAGAAAUGUUAGUAAAACUAUACAAUAAGGUUCUAUUAGUUAACAUUGCAGUAGUUAAUGCAUUAGUUAUCAUGAACUAUUAAUUAACUAUUUUUACAACAUUCAUCUUGAUUAAAUGUUAAUUUACUAAUGUUAAGAUCUACAACAACAAAUACAACCUUACUGUGUUUCCUAAAGGUUUAUUAAAAUAAGAAUUACUGCUGUAAUAAGCAGGCACAUGCAGAUGGGAUAUCUCUAGGGGUUCGAGCCUCUGCUCUUUUACUGAGUUGCCCCUCUGACGGGGCAGUGGUGUAGCUACAGGUGUUCAAAGGUGUGCAAAUGCCACCCAAAUUAAAAGCUUGAACACCUAAAUUAAAUGGUGUUUUUUUAUGCUUAAUAAUAGAAUGUAGAGGUGUAAAAAUGCAUCAAUAUUAUAUUGACUAUAAUAAUACCCUAAGUGUUACAGACAGUAAUUCAAAUUAUGCAUGCACUCUCGCAACAGACACAGGUGUGCGUGACUAAGGAAACAAACGCACUUUAAAUUAAAAACAUUUAGUUUGCAAGUAUUGACACUGACUACCACCCCUGGAAUCGCGAGUACGAAUCCAGGGUGUGCUGUGUGACUCCAGCCAGGUCUCCUAAGCAACCAAAUUGGCCCGGUUGCUAGGGAGGGUAAAAUCACAUGGGCUAACCUCUUCGUGGUUGCUAUUAGUGGUUCUCGAUCUCAGUGGGGCGCAUGGUAAGUUGAGCGUGGAUCGUGGAGAGUAGCAUGAGCCUCCACAUGCUAUGAGUCUCCGUGGUGUCAUGCACAUCGAGCCACGUGACAAGAUGUGUGCGCUGACUAUCUCAGAAGCGGAGGCAACUGAGACACAGAAUGUUUCUGUGAUGAUAUGCAAAUCAAUCACGCAUAAUCAAUAUUCUAAUGCAUAAAGUUUGCAUAAAGUCAAACAUGAUUUUAAUAUCCUUUAUUCAUAUUGGCUCAAUAAUUAACGUAACGAAUUUUAUUUUUUUUAUAUUGAACCAAACCUCCUUGUACUCCAUAAAAAUAAUUUUUAAUUAAAUCAGUGCGCAUUAUUUAUUUAUUUUGUAUCCAAAAUUACAUUUUUGAUCCAGUUAAUGUAACCUAAACUGAGGUUUAUUUUUAUUUAUUUAUUAACAUUUUUCUAUAUAGUGCAAAUUAUCCCACUAUUAAGAUUUUCGUCUUUAUCAUAUUUUGGAAAAUAACUAUGAAUACAACUCAUUUAAUCAAAUUUUGACAACUUAUUAAGUCUUAUAUUUUGAUACAUUAACAGGCCAACCUUCUCCAUUAAUAAAAGGGUCAUUCAUUUUAGUUAAAGCUUCAGUAUGCAACUUUUUCUUAAUAUGCAGAGACUAUAAGUAAGCCACAGGUUAAUUUUCUCAAAAACUGUAAACACUGCAUUUCUUUAGCACUCUGAAAUUUUCUCUGUUUGUUUUGAGUGAUCCGCUUACGCCGGGUUCACACAUCCUCCGUGAGCGAGGCGUGAUCGGCGCAUUUUCAUUUUGGCGCCCAUAUUAACAGAUUACACCGUUUACACUGCAAGCGUGAGUCAUGAGGUGACACGUCCCAGACGAGGCAGUGAGCAGAUAGUUUCGGCGUUGAGCCUAUUUUUGCCACGUGGCUCACGCUGAGCUCAGCAGCUCUGGGUGCAGUACAACACUAAAAUAAUCAGGAGAUUCUAGAAAAGACACAAAAUCAAAUCAAAAUUAUUCAAAUCAAACCUAUAGUACACUACAAUUUAUAUGUCUGCAUGCAAGUAAACUCAAUAAAAUAACUUAAUAAAGGAAAGAAUUAAUAAACUGCCAGACCUUUUGCCAUUCUGUGUAUAUACAGGUGUACAGUAUACAGUUGUGCUCAAAAGUUUGCAUACCCUGACAGAAAUUGUGAAAUUUUGGCAUUGAUUUUGAAAAUAUGACUGAUCAUGCAAAAAAGGAUAGUGAUCAUAUGAAGCCAUUUAUUAUCACAGUUGUUUGGCUCCUUUUUAAAUCAUGUUAACAGAAAUCACCUAAAUGGCCCUGAUCAAAAGUUUACAUACCCUUGAAUGUUUGGUCUUGUUACAGACACACAAGGUGACACACACAGGCUUAAAUGGCAAUUAAAGGUUAAUUUCCCACACCUGUGGCUUUUUAAAUUGCAAUUAGUGUCUGUGUAUAAAUAGUCAAUGAGUUUGUUAGCUCUCACGUGGAUGCACUGAGCAGGCUAGAUACUGAGCCAUGGGGAGCAGAAAAGAACUGUCAAAAGAUCUGCGUAACAAGGUAAUGGAACUUUAUAAAGAUGGAAAAGGAUAUAGAAUUCAAAAGCCUUGAAAAUGCCAGUCAGUACAUUUCAAUCACUUAUUAAGAAGUGGAAAAUUCGGGGAUCUCUUGAUUCCAAGCCAAGGUCAGGUAGACCAAGAAAGAUUUCAGCCACAACUGCCAGAAGAAUUGUUCGGGAUACAAAGAAAAACCCACAGGUAACCUCAGGAGAAAUACAAACUGCUCUGGAAAAAGAUGGUGUGGUUGUUUCAAGGAGCACAAUACGACGAUACUUGAACAAAAAUGAGCUGCAUGGUCGAGUUGCCAGAAAGAAGCCUUUACUGCGCCAAUGCCACAAAAAAGCCUGGUUACAAUAUGCCUGACAACACCUUGACACGCCUCACAGCUUCUGGCACACUGUAAUUUGGAGUGACGAGACCAAAAUAGAGCUUUAUGGUCACAACCAUAAGCACUAUAUUUGGAGAAGGGUCAACAAGGCCUAUAGUGAAAAGAAUACCAUCCCCACUGUGAAGCAUGGUGGUGGCUCACUGAUGUUUUGGGGGUGUGUGAGCUCUAAAUGCACAGGGGAUCUUGUGAAAAUUGAUGGCAAGUUGAAUGCAGCAUGUUAACAGAAAAUACUGGCAGACGAUUUGCAUUCUUCUGCACGAAAGCUGCACAUGGGACGCAUGACAAUGACCCUAAGCACAAGGCCAAUUUGACCCUCCAGUGGUUACAGCAGAAAAAGGUGAAGGUUCUGGAGUGGCCAUCACAGUCUCCUGACCUUAAUAUCAUCGAGCCACUCUGGGGAGAUCUCAAAUGUGCGGUUCAUGCAAGACAACCAAAGACUUUGCAUGACCUGGAGGCAUUUUGCCAAGACGAAUGGGCAGCUAUACCACCUGCAAGAAUUUGGGGCCUCAUAGACAACUAUUACAAAAGACUGCACACUGUCAUUGAUGCUAAAGGGGGCAAUACACAGUAUUAAGAACUAAGUGUAUGCAGACUUUUGAACAGGGGUCAUUUGAUUUUUUUCUUUGUUGCCAUAUUUUGUUUUAUGAUUGUGCCAUUCUGUUAUAACCUACAGUUGAAUAUGAAUCCCAUAAGAAAUAAAAGAAAUGUGUUUUGCCUGCUCACUCAUGUUUUCUUUAAAAAUGGUACAUAUAUUACCAAUUCUCCAAGGGUAUGUAAAAUUUUGAGCACAACUGUAGACACAACAUUAACCAAUCACGAAAAAGUGUGUUGAUAGAGAUGAAGUGCACGUGACUGCCCACUGUUGUCCUUGAAGCAGCAAUAACCUCAGCUUAUUAUGACCUUAUUAAAGAAAACAAUUUGCUGUAGGACUCCAUAGAUAACUUUAUUUCCUGCACAGAGGCACUGUUGUUUCUCGCAGAAGAGACGUGGCCAAUCUGAACGUCCAACACGACCAACCUACUCGCGCCUCGCUCACGCCACGCUCACGGAGGAUGUGUGAACUUAGCGUCAACCCACCCCCACAAUGUUAAGGGCCCAAACAUACUUAACGCAAGCACGCAAACACGAGCGCUUCGCCAACUCAUGGCCAAAGCGUGGUCUCGUUGUACAUACAUUACGUGCACUCUUGCGUUGCUCUAUCGGUUAAAAACCUUGGAUCACAAGGGGGCGAAGGAGUUUUUUAGGUGCCACGAAACCGGAUUUGGUGGAGUCAACAUGUUGACAGUUGAGGAGAGUGCUUUUGUAUUUGCUAAAAAGAUGACAGAAAAAUAUGUUUGUAUAAUCAAACUUGUUCGACAAGCCUCAAAUUGCUGCUCCGCCAUGACAGUUGUUGAUUGAAAAAGAAAAUCUGCUGUAGCGCCCCUUGCGGCAACGCUGAGAAUACAGCAUGUACUUGCGUUAGGUUAUGAAUUUUGCUCUGACACAUCGCAACGCAACGAUGCGUGAAAUUGAGCUUGCGUAGCAAGAUGUGUCUGCGUUCACGUACUUACGUAGAGUAUGUUUGGGCCUUAAGGCUGAUUUAUACUUAUGCGUCGAACCUAUGUAGGCUCCACGUAGUGGCCAACGUGUUGGUUUGCAUUUAUAGUUCUGCACUGGUGUGUCUGCAUUGUUCUGUGAGAACACUGCCAAAAUGCUAACUGUAUGUUUCAAAAAUAAAUAAAAGCAAUGGAAGCAAUGCAAUUUAUGGGUUCAAAAGUAUUUAUUCAAUUAUUGUAGCAUCAAAAAUGAGUUCAAACUAAUGGGGCUUUUCCACUGCACGGUACAGCUCAACUCGACUCGACUCUGUUCGCUUUUUUGGGGGUUUUCCACUGUGGAUAGUACCUGGUACCUGAUACUUUUUUAGUACCACCUCGGUCGAGGUUCCAAGCGAGCCGAGCCGAUACUAAAUGUGACGUCAAAACCCUGCAGAUCACUGAUUGGUCAGAAUCUUCACUACUAGCGUCACUGGAUUUGCGACAUGGGACAUCAACCCGCUAGUUUUAAAGUUUAGCAAAAGCGACAGCAAUAUCAUUUGUUCACGCAACUUUCGAAUUGUAAAAAGAAAUGGCUGUGCGCAACCACGCCGUGGUCAAUAAACGAGGUGCAGACAUUCCUCUCGUUAGCGACGAACGAAAAGACGCGAAACGAAAAAGUCUUUCAGGAAGUGUCUCAGUUGUUGGCUGCACACGGCUACCACCGGACCUACCAACAGUGUAGAGAAAAGUUAAAAAAACGUAAAAGUGACUACAGAACCAUCAAGGACCACAACAGCCGGAGUGGUUCAAACAGAAGAAAGUGGAAGUGGUUCGACCAAAUGGACGCUAUCUAUGGCAAUAGACUGGCGAGCAAUGGGAGGGAGAGUGCCCUGGACUCGGUGUUGUUGGAGUCCACGAUGGAGGAUCGUACGUUUUGUUACAUUUACUCUAUAUUCUGCUUGAAAGCUUCACUUUAUUUAGUUGACCAGCUACUGGAAAGCUUGCUUCUAAAACAACCAGGCCAAUUUAACUGUUACACUUGUGUAAAAUCACCACACAACAACUGCUUUAUGCAGCACAAUGAGCUAGUAGCUAACAGCUAGCGGUCGUGUUAUUGUUUAUGGUCAGUAAUGUUUAAGAUGAUGACGGCAGUAGAGGUGGUGCAACUAUGACAGUCAGCCUAUAAUGCCACCCACGUUGAGGCGGCACUAAACUGCAGUGGAAAAGCAAGCUCAGAAAAGUAAAGCGAGCAGAGUCAAGUCGAGUCGAACCGUAACGUGCAGUGGAAAAGUGCCAAAAGUGAACUUGUUGAUAUGUAGGUACAUAGCUUAAAUAAUAAUAGGCCUAUAAACAUAUUUUGGCGUACUUUAGACGUUCCGUGUUUAAAAAGAAAUUGUUAAAUUAAUUAAAAAAUACUCGCCUGAAUAACACAAAAUGGGUGUCGUUUUAAAGACUUGGAUACAGUAUAUAUAUGCAGGCAGUAUAACCAACUCUUACCAGCUGCUUUUUAAUUAGCUGCAAAUUAGAAGUAUUCCGUUUCCAUAACUUAUGAAAUAUGAUUAUUUACUGUACACAUACUGUCAAACAUACGUUCAAAUCAUUGUGCCGAUCGGAAAGUUCGCGAGUAGAAUACAAAACAUAUUAUUUCACUCACAUAUCAAAUGAAUAUCUAGUAAAGGCCCGGAGAAAAAAGCUUUUAGAGUUUAUAAGCUAUAAACAGAUAUAUUUUGUCGUGAUUUGCUUGUAACUUCAUGAAAAACAGAAAAAAAAAAAAAACAGCAGAUGCUCUCUAUUGAGACAAUUGCCUUAAUAGUCACAAAUCCAAAUACAAUGUGAUAUGAUGCACAGAUAUUAAAAUAAACUUGGAUAAAAUGUGACGCUACCACAGACAUCCUUGUUAUCAUCCUGGGGGGCGGUCUCUGGUUAAAGUGGACCAAUCACAGCUGUUGUGGUGUGCAUCAUCGCGACGCGCAGUUACAUUUUUGAAGAGGUGCACAUCAGGCUACGCCGUAGGUUCGACGCAGAAGUAUAAAUCGGCCUUUACUCAACCAAUGGACUAUCUCUUUGUUUGACCAGAAAGCUGUUUUGAAGACAAAGUUAAUUUUUGCAGUUCCAUUCGGUGGCGCUAGUGGCGCAGAAAUGACAUACUUCAGUUUUAAGCAUUAAAACGUAACACAGGGCUAAAAACAUAACUAUAGCGAAAAAGAAAUUGAGGUCACGCACACCCUCCGUUGACUGACAAUUUUGAAGCGACUGCCCCUCAAAAAGCUUUAGAGCCCCAACCCCUCAAAAUGACUGUGCACGCCCCUGUUAAUAAGUUAUUUUUGUAAGAAUGCCACUAAACUAGAGCAGGACUUCACAAGAGCAGUUGUGGCUGAAUUUCAGCGUAAACUGUCAUGGUGGGAUAGGUCUGGUGCGCGUGUUUGUGCCUGAAAUAUAGCCGAUAUCAUGUUCUUGGAAUUGUCAUUUUUGGGUCAACAAUCUUUUUAAGAUCACAAGAAGGUCUUGUUGUUCUGAAGUUCAAAAGAGGCGGAAUGUCCCGUUCAAAACAAAUGUGAAAUGCUUUUUGGUCCAUGUUUCAGUUACAAAUGCAGAACAUUAUCUCUCCGUUGUGUGUGUUUUUAGAGCUUCAUUGGUAUUAUUAUGUGUUGUAGCAUUAGCUGUUGAAAUGAAGUGAUUUCCAAGACUUACAAAUUCUAAUAACUGAAGUCAAUGUCUGAGAAACUCUCAAUACUAGUCUAGGAUAUACGUCAUGUAGUUCAAAGUUGGCAUGUAUUUCAUGUUUUCCUGAUUGUAUGCAAAUUAACUGAGAUGUUCUUUUCAAAUAUCCAAUGCUGUUUGUAAAAUGUUUUGUUUUUGCAUGUACAGUAUUUUUAUAUUGAAGAAAAUAAUACUAUUUGAGGGAAGGUGCUGUAUUUAGAAUGAUAAUUAAUUUUACAUGUGAGAAAAUCUGUGGUUUUAAAAUUAUGCACUGAAACAUGUUUUUUCUGUAAGAUAAUUGUUUUUUUGUUUUUUUUGCAAUGUAUUUCCAUGGUGAAUGAACAUAGUAUUCUUAUCCAACUAUAUUGUUUUAAUGUGUAGGCAUUUGUUACUGACAUAUUAGAAACAUAAAUAUUGCUAUAACAACAUAAAAGCUAUACGAGCCUGUCUCUAUCUUUGAUAUCAUGUAACAACUCUUUAUUUCCCUCUUUUUCAACUCAAUUCAGAAUUCUGUACUGGAAUAACAAAUAUUUGCAUUUGUAUGCAGUCGCUUGUUAGUCGCUUGGCGAUAGUUAUCAGUGGCGUAGCCAAGAGUAGGCCGGGGUGGGCAUGGCCCACCCAAAUUAGACCCAAACCCACCCAGAAUAUUAGAGAUUAUUCUUCAAAUAUAUUUAUAACAAUACAUAAAUUCUGAUUUCUGAAAGUGUGAAAGUACUUUCUGAAUGUGCCACGUCUCUGUUGUUAAGUAAAAUUUGGUACAAAAAAAAAUAAAUUGGGGCGAAAACUUCUGAAGUUAUGGAUUACUUUU